CACCAUCUCAUCCACACUGCGUUCCAACUUGCAGACCUUAAAAAAAGCAGCAGCAAUGGGCCGUUCGCUAUUCUCUCAUUUCAGUAUGGUCACUUAUUCUGCUCCUCGCUUCGCCUCUUCCACCAGGUUACGCGGAUUAAGUUCAGGUAAAUACUUGAGAAGAUCACAGCUAAUUCGUCAACGUAAUUUACAAGCCGGUCGAGAUUUCCGGUGCCUUUGCAGUGUAGCUGUCUCUGAACCUGUUAAUUCUGAGUCUUCUUCAAGCCCUGUAAAGUAAUGCAGAUCGCAAUUUUUGCUACUAUAACUCUUUUUUAUCAAAGUCUACUCGAUUGUAAUGCAACUCAGAAAGAUGAAAUAUUUACUGAACAAGAAAAAAAGAAGAAAAUUUCUCUGCAUUGUUUGAUGAUUUCAAUUUGACAGCUUGUUAAUUAAUGGGCUAGUUGAUUCAUUUUUACGCUCUUGGUUAAUGUGUGAUUUGUCAAAUUAGCCGUGCUUUAAUCAUUUUUAUGACUCUGGUGUCCAUGUAAUGUAAGCUUGCAUGGACCUCAUACCAUUCCAUCGAGUACCUGCUAUCUCCCACUGGCACACGUACUAGGUAACUCUACCCAUCAAGCCGGCAAUGGGGAUAAAACACCUAGUAUUUUUUUCCCUCCGCUGAGAUUUGAGCCUGAGAUCUCACCACUAGGCCACACCCUUGGAUGCUAGUGCUUUGAUCAUUUUUCCUGGACUGCAUAACUUGUUUAUCCAUCUUGAGGAACCUGUCCGGAAAGUUUAAGGUUAAUUUUGUUACUUUUUGGUGAUUUUUGAGUUGACUUGUGUCAGUCAUUGUUAGUAAGCUAGUAAAUUUACAACAGUCAGAUUUCCCCCCUCCAUUUACUAUUCACAGUAAUUCUUGGAUACUCUUUGGCGCUUUUUACCAGAGAUAAUAUUAAUCCGCAACAAUCAGUGAUUGGUAUGGUUAUGCUGCUCCACAAUGCUAGUAGCUGGUUUCUUACAUGAGUAAUACUUACACUUUUUUUGCACUUUUAAAUUGUUUUGUAUGAUUUACAUGUCUUAUUCUUAACUUUUGGUCUUGUUGCAUUGUGUACUCAUAUUAUGUGGUUCCAUAUAUUGGUACUUCCGAACGUAGAAGCUUGUGGCUGUUAAGUUUGUUUUCUCAAUAUAUUUUAAACCUAGUUUAACUCGUGGAAAUGAAACAUACUAAGAAUGAACACCUUCAUCAAGAAGUUAUGUAGUUGUUGGGCAAGCACCAAGAUAUGGAGAAAUGUAUUGCUUGUGGUUGAUGGUACCAAGAGGCAUUAUCUGAACCUCAAGAAGAGAAUAGUCUCUGGUGUUCAGCCUACAGGAUUGAUACAUCUGGGAAAUUAUCUUGGUGCCAUAAAGAACUGGAUACGCUUGCAGGAUACAUAUGAGACAUUCUUCUUCAUUGUGGACCUUCAUGCGAUAACUUUGCCAUAUGACGCACAACAAUUGCCAAGGUCAACAAGGGAUACAGCUGCUAUUUAUUUAGCAUGUGGUGUGGAUCCUUCUAAGGCUUCAGUCUUUGUGCAGUCUCAUGUCCGUGCUCAUGUAGAGUUGAUGUGGCUUUUGAGUUCUGCAACACCUAUUGGUUGGCUCAACAGGAUGAUUCAAUUUAAAGAGAAAUCACGGAAGGCGGGGGAUGAAAAUGUGGGUGUUGCCCUUCUAACCUAUCCUGUACUAAUGGCUGCUGAUAUUCUUCUGUACCAGUCUGAUUUUGUCCCUGUCGGAGAGGAUCAGAAGCAACACCUGGAGUUGACACGAGAGCUGGCUGAGCGUGUUAACUAUUUAUAUGGAGGAAGGAAGUGGAAGAAACUGGGAGGGAGAGGCGGUUCAAUCUUCAAGGUUCCUGAGCCCCUUAUUCCACCCGCUGGGGCUCGAAUCAUGUCCCUUACUGAUGGUCUUUCCAAGAUGUCGAAGUCAGCACCAUCUGAUCAGUCGAGAAUCAAUUUGCUAGAUUCAAAAGAUGUAAUAGCAAAUAAGAUAAAACGGUGCAAGACUGAUUCGUUUCCUGGCAUGGAGUUUGACAAUCCGGAAAGACCUGAAUGUAACAAUCUUCUUUCUAUUUAUCAGCUAGUUACAGGCAAGACCAAGCAGGAAGUUGCAGAAGAAUGCAGAGAUAUGAAUUGGGGAACGUUCAAACUCGUGCUUACAGAUGCUUUAGUUGAUCAUCUACACCCUAUCCAGGUACGCUAUGAGGAAAUUGUAUCAGACGCAAGUUACUUGGAUGGAGUCCUGGCAGAGGGAGCCAGAAAAGCAGCAGAUGUAGCAGAUGUUACUGUCAAUAAUGUCUACCAGGCAAUGGGAUUCUUGAGGAGAUGAACAAUGUAUAUUUCCCUGUAGAUUCCUGGAUUUGCCUGUCAAUUUGUGAGGUGCAAAGAAAUGUGAUAUUUUUAAGGCGGGCAUGCUACACUAUUGAUGGGGUUUGAACCCUCCACCUCAAAUGUGGUAGGCAGAGAGCUCACUCACCAAGUGAGCUACCCCUUAUCUUGUGAAUUUGUUGUUACAUUUGAUUUCUUUCUUUAUACAUUAGUGCAUUUUUUAGACCUUAAAUGGAGGAUGUACUGCUGAUUUUGCCAUUUUUGUUUAUUCACAAUGUAUAACUAAUUUUUGUACUCCACCUUUCUACUCA